GGCCAGACCCGUCCUCCCGGCGUCAGUCGUCUGCCCUCACUCGGCUCCGGCCCCUCUGCGGUUGCCUUCCUUGUUUUUCUUGAGCUGACGCCUCUGCAUUUUGCAUCCUUCUCUUCGCGGCGAACUAUGCCAUUUUUGGGCCAGGACUGGAGAUCUCCUGGAUGGAGUUGGAUCAAAACAGAAGACGGCUGGAAAAGAUGUGAUGCAUGGAGCCAGGAACUUGAGGGAGAGAACAGCCAGUGUGACAUUGGCCACGGCAUUAUCUUAAAUAGUGAAGAUGAAGAAAUAUUCAGUAAUGAAGAGCACGAAUAUGCAUCCAAAAAAAGGAAAAAGGACCAUUUUAGAAAUGACACAAAUACUCAGUGUUUUUAUCGUGAAAACUGGAUCUAUGUCCACAAAGAAAGCACAAGAGAAAGACACGGCUACUGUACUUUGGGAGAAGCUUUUAAUCGCUUAGACUUCUCAAGUGCGAUCCAGGACAUCCGAAGGUUCAAUUACGUGGUUAGGCUGUUGCAGCUGAUUGCAAAGUCCCAGCUGACCUCGCUGAGUGGUGUGGCCCAGAAGAACUACUUCAACAUUCUGGAUAAGAUCGUUCAGAAGGUUCUUGGUGACCACCAAAACCCUCGCCUGAUCAAGGAUCUUCUCCAAGACCUCAGCUCCACCCUGUGCAUUCUGAUCCGAGGAGUGGGGAAGUCCGUGCUGGUGGGAAACAUCAACAUCUGGAUUUGCCGAUUAGAGACUGUUCUCCGCUGGCAGCAGCAGCUGCAGAAUCUUCAGAUGACUGAGCAGGUGGACAGCGGCCUGACGCUCAGCGACCUCCCUGUGCACAUGCUCAGCAACAUCCUGCACAGGUUCUCGGACGGCUGGGACAUCGUCACCCUGGGCCAGGUGACCCCGACACUGUUCGCCCUCAGCGAGGACCGGCAGCUGUGGAAGAAGCUCUGCCAGUACCACUUUGGGGAGAAGCAGUUUUGUAGACACUUGAUCCUUUCAGAAAAAGGUCAUGUGGAGUGGAAGCUGAUGUACUUUGCGCUUCAGAAGCACUACCCCACCAAGGAGCAGUACGGAGACACCCUGCACUUCUGCCGGCACUGCAGCAUCCUCUUCUGGAAGGACUGCCGCCUUGCUUUAUUACUCGAGGACUCGGGCCACCCCUGCACGGCCGCCGACCCCGACAGCUGCUUCACGCCUGUGUCCCCGCAGCACUUCAUCGACCUUUUCAAGUACUGAGGGCCUGGCCGGGCCCCCCGUGACCUGGAGCCUGCGCUGGAGGACGUGGAAGGGCCUGUGGUUUCCACCGCUGAAACCAGGUCAGGGAGCCCCGGCAAAAUCAUUUCUGCUUCUCUCUUUAAAAAAUUCUAAGCACAUUAAAAUUUGGAACUUUGUGUAUUUGUAAAUAUGGUUCAAAAAGUGUUUUCAGCACUACAUCCUGUGCUGAAGUGACACUAACAACCAAGAAGACUAUGCCUCUUAACUCAAAUGAUGGUUUCCCGAUUUUGUAGUGAUUGGGGUGAGGGUAGAUCACUGAUCCUUGUAAUGACAUUGUACAGAAUAUUUAUUUUUCUUAAGAUGUAUAUUAACUGUAUUGGUUGUGUCUGCACGAGUCUUCUGAGAUACAGAAGGAUCCAGGGAAGUAUGUGCCUGUCUCCUGGAUGCUCAGCAGUGGGUUGUGAAUUGUGCAGAUGGCUGAGACCCAUGAGGGCCUGAGUCUGGGGCUGUGGUCCUGGGCCUCAUGCCCAACGCUGACCGGCAGGGCCCUGACCUGGGGGAGCCUGGUGUGGCCUGUACCACACUGCUUGGAAUCCUCUUCUAGCAGAAUAAUAAAUCAUGUUUGUCUACCUAUUUUAACUUUGUCAAUUUUGCAUCUUACUGAAAAAAAGUAGUGUCAAUGAUUUUGAUAAUUGUUUAUUGAAACCUCUCAAAGAUCAUUUUAUUUUAAAAAUAUUGCAUGUACAUUUUAGAAAAUUUUGAAAAUAAAGGUUUAUAAAAGAAUAAAACUGGUGUGUAACCCUGGCACCCAGAACAGCUGUGCUUGCCAGAAAGCACGUUGGAAUGGCCCCUGCAGACGCAGGGGAGAAGUGAAGAGGGUCAGGGAGCCCAAGCCCAGUCAUUUCUGCCUCCUGCUUCUUAGCAGAUGGAAAUGUGCAGUCCUGCAUAUUUGUAAAUAGUCUCUGCUUUCAGCACACAUCCUGUGCCAAACUGGUGCAGCCAGAACUAUGCUUAAUUGUCAGAUGAUAGUUUCCCUGUGUGUGAAUCAGGUGGAAGCUUUUCAUAAAACCAUCAACGGCAUAUAUAGUGUUCUCAUUUUACAACCAGAUCUUUUUUCACAAGAGUUUGUGGAAAUACGGUUUUUAUUGGUGACACGGUACCAUGCAGCUCAAAAGAAUCACUCUGUGAUCAACACCACCACACAGGUGCUUACAUCCAUCUGAUGAUGCUCUCCUCACAUCAAACAAGAAGCAAGUCAGAAAUCUGCAGGGACAUUCCCAGAGCAGUGGCGAGAGCGGUUGGUGGCAUCUUCCUCCCCUGAAGAUGGAUGCGUGAAGAGGCUGUGAGGGGGGGCGUUUCUCCUGAAAGCUUGCUGGUUGCUUUUAUUUCUGUUCUGUCUUACUUUUGGCAAAUUACCUAAUGUGUGUUUAUUUUUGG